CUUAGCCUUUUGCCCCUUUAUCCUUUUACACCUGUACAGCACCAUCUGACCGCCUCCUCUCCCAUCUGUAGAGGUGUCUCCACGGCGGCGGAUCUUGAAUGUAAGCCGCUCGGUCUGGAAGCAGGCGAACGUGGCCAGCGACUUGUGGGAGAAGCUGACGGCACGCUGUGUGGACCGCCAUAGACACAUGGAGAGGACGUUGGAGCGUCUCCUGCAGACCCAGGCAGCCAUGGAGGAGCUGGCGGUAGCCCUGGAGCAGGCGGAGGGGGUGCGAGACGCCUGGGAGCCUGUGGGAGACCUUUUCAUCGACUCUCUGCAGGACCACAUAGACGCCACCAAGCUGUUUAAAGAGGAGCUGACCCAGGUGAAGGAGGGCAUGAAGCACAUCAAUGAUCUGGCCCACCAGCUGGCCAUCUCUGAUGUCCAUUUGUCGAUGGAGAAUGCCCGCGCCCUGGAGCAUCUCAACAGCAGAUGGAAACUGCUUCAGGGUUCCAUAGAGGAGCGGCUGAAGCAGCUCCAGGACGCUCAUAGAGACUUUGGCCCAGGAUCGCAGCACUUCCUCUCCAGCUCAGUGCAGAUACCAUGGGAGCGUGCCAUCUCCCCAAAUAAAGUGCCCUACUAUAUCAACCAUCAGGCCCAGACAACGUGCUGGGACCAUCCAAAGAUGACGGAGUUGUACCAAGCGCUGGCGGAUCUGAACAACAUCAAGUUCUCAGCAUACAGAACAGCCAUGAAGCUCCGGCGAGUACAGAAGGCACUGAGAUUGGAUUUAGUUGCUCUGGGCAGCCUGGGAGAGGUUUUCCGGGAGCAGGAGCUCCAGCACGGGGAGCAUGUGAUGGAUGUGGUGGAAGUGAUCCACGCCCUGACGGCUCUGUACGAGAGGCUGGAAGAGGAGAGGUCUGUCCUGGUCAACAUCCCCCUCUGUGUCGACAUGUGUCUCAACUGGCUGCUCAAUGUCUAUGACAGUGGUCGGAAUGGGAAAAUGCGUGUUCUCAGCUUCAAGAUGGGAUUGGUGAGCUUGUGUAAUGCAGAUGUCCAGGAGAAGUACAAAUAUUUAUUCCGUCAGGUGUCUGGUGCUGGAGGUUUGACAGACCAGCGUCACCUCAGCCUGCUGCUACAUGAAGCCAUCCAGAUCCCCCGCCAGUUGGGUGAGGUGGCUGCCUUCGGGGGCAGCAAUGUGGAACCCAGCGUCCGCAGCUGCUUCCGCAUGGCUCCAGGGAAGCCUGCCAUUGAAGUGUCCCACUUCCUGGAAUGGAUGAGCUUGGAGCCCCAGUCGAUGGUUUGGCUGCCUGUCCUCCACCGUGUGGCCGCGGCGGAGUCUGCCAAGCAUCAGGCCAAGUGCCACGUCUGCAAACAGUGUCCCAUCAAGGGUUUCAGGUAUCGCAGUCUGAAGCAGUUCAAUGUGGACAUCUGCCAGACAUGUUUCCUAACUGGUCGGACUACCAAGGGAAAGAAGCUGCACUACCCCAUCAUGGAGUACUACACACCAACCACCUCGGGGGAAAAGAUGAGGGAUUUUGCCAAGACUCUGAAGAAUAAGUUCAGGUCGAAGCAGUACUUCAGCAAGCACCCUCAGAGAGGUUACCUGCCAGUGCAAUCUGUGCUGGAAGCUGAGAGCUCAGAGACGCCCUGCUCAUCACCGAAGCUUCCCCAUGCAGACACACACAGCAGGAUUGAACAUUAUGCCAGCAGAUUGGCGGAAAUGGAGAGCCAGAAUUGUUCAUUCUUCACGGAUAGCCUGUCUCCUGAUGAAAGUCUGGAUGAAGAUCAGUACCUCCUGCGUCACUCCAGCCCAGCCCUGGACCAUGACUCGCCCUGCGGACAGCACCUGCUGCUGGCCCACCUGGAGCACCAGGACAAAGAGCAGCUCCAACGCACCCUGGCCCGCCUGGAGAAUGAGAACAGGGUGCUGCAGGGGGAGUAUCGGCGGCUCAAGUGGAAGCACGAGGAGGCGGCAUCAGUUCCCAUGCUGACUGAAUCCGGGGAGGGGGAUCUGGGCUCGCCCACGGCCAGUGGGCAGCAGGAUGAGGAGCUCCUGGCUGAGGCGCGGGUCCUCCGCCAACACAAGACACGCCUGGAGACCCGUAUGCAGAUCCUGGAGGACCACAACAAACAGCUGGAGUCCCAGCUGCGCAGGCUCAGGGAGCUACUGCUACAGCCCAAAGAUGAUUCGGAGGCCAAUGGGUCGGAACCGUCAACCCUGUCCUCUCCUGUGUCUGGAGGGGGUCACCACGGGGAGCCGGCCAGCAGAGAGACCACUGACACUGAAGCAGCAGGCGAUGAUAUGGAGCAUGAGCAGGACACGGUGCUGCAGCUCCAGGAGGUCAUUGAGCAGCUGAGGAACGUCUUCCCUUCAGAGCCGGGCACCACCUCACUCAUCUAACCCCGAGAGGGCCUUCAAGAGAAGAGUGAUGCCUGAAGGGAGGCCUGAUAGUGGAGCGAUGGAGGGAGGGGGAGGGGAGCGGGCUCCGUAUGGCUGAGGUCACCGCCACAGUACACCAGGCCCUGCGACCACAACAGCAGCUAUCUUACCCAGAGCUAACCCUCUAAUGGAACUCUGUGCACUAAAAGCCUUUUUCACACAAAUGGCUAAAGGCUAACGCUAACGUCCGCUCAGCCAGGCCUGUGCUUGCUGGCUCAGCUAAAAUUAGCGGCACAGCCUGACACCGUGUUAACCAGCCAAAGGAGACAAAUGUUAGUGGCAGGCCAGGGAGAGACUAAAGCAAAAGGAAGAUGUUUGUGCCCAGCCAAGACACUGUGCUAACCAGCAUCUCUGUAGUCGUCUUGAGGUGUGAAGCUUUAUAUCAGUCCACAGCACAAAUUGGACUUUCCAUAAAAAGGACUUUGAAAAUGCAAAAAGGAGUAAUAACAUAUAACCCCUUGUUCUGUCAGAAUGCCAGUAACUUCAAUGUGUUUGUGUGUUUUCUUUUUUCUUUUUGAAU